CCAGUGCGAGGGGACCCAUUUUUCGGUGAAGUGUUUGGAGACACGCCGAGGUAAAGCAAAGGGCAAGCAAAGAAGAGAUCGCAAGCAAAGCUUUGGAGCGAGGGCGAGCGAGGGCUAUGGCGAGCGAGUCAGUCGAGUGUGGGAGAAUUUGUGGGCGGCGGCGCCGCUCCUCCCAGCCCGCGCUGUGGCGUUGAGUUGGGUCGCCGGGGAAUGGGUGAUUCUUCGCUGCAUUCUUUGAUUUCGGUGCUGCCCUGAUCAUGUAGAGGUAAAAUUCGCUGUGCCUGCUUUGGGGAUUUUUAUCUUUUUUCUUGUUUGAGGGAGGGAUGCAUUGCGUGGUUUGGGCUGUCUAGAGGUUGGUCUCGUUUCAUCUUUGCUUCUCUUUCCUUCCUCCGAGAAAAAGCUUGUGUAUAUAGUAGUCCUUGUACAGUUUUUUUUCUUUCUUUCUUGUCUAUCUCUUCGAGGUUUUCUUGUGAAUCCCCCUCUUUUUUUCCUCUUUUCUUCUUUCUUUUUCCUCUCUUUGCGAUUGAUUCCGGAAAGGGCAAACCAAUAUGUGCUUGCUUCUCGGCUAUGGCAAAUCCUUCAAGGAAUCCCUCAAAGCUUUGGAAGCUGACAUCCAACAUGCCAACACACUGGCUCUAGAUUAUCCUCGCGAGUACGAUGGCGUCUGCCUCCAAAUGCGGCUAUCUUACAGCCCCGCCGCGCAUUUCUUCCUAUUUUUAUUCCAGUGGGCCGACUGUAGCCUCGCUGGUGCUCUCGGCCUCCUCCGGAUUCUCAUCUACAAGGUGCUGCGUGAUGGAACCACGACAAUGUCAACUUACGAGAGGAAAGCUAGCUUGAGAGAAUUUUACGCGUACAUAUAUCCAUCGCUGCAGCAGCUUCCGGCCGUGCUGAGCGAAGCAGAGAAUUCCAAACAAAAAUCAAUCUGUAUAGAGCGGUCCAAGAAGAAGGAGGAGGAGCGGCUGGCUCUCUCCGAUAUCGACCUGGAGAGAGAACACGAGUGCAAUAUUUGCAUGGAGACUUCGGAGAAGAUCGUACUCCCCGGGUGCGGGCAUUCAAUGUGCAUUCAGUGCUUUCGAGACUGGAACUUGAGGGCCAAGUCGUGUCCCUUCUGCCGUGAUAGCCUGAAACGCGUGAACUCGAGGGACUUGUGGAUCGUCACGGACAAUAGCGAUUUGCAGGACAUGGUGACUUUCACCCGGGACAACCUCCAGCGACUUUACAUGUACAUUGAUAAGCUCCCACUGCUCGUCUCCGACAGCGUCCUUGCUGCUUACGACGCUCACUUGAAGUAAAAAUCGCUCGAGCAAGCAAGCAAGGAACACGACGAUGGUCGAGCUUGAAGAGGAAGAGGAAAGAAAAAGUAAAAAACGAAAAGCAGAAAAUCGCAGCAGCCAUUCUAGUGGAGUGAAAAUUUCUUAUGAAAAAACUUGCUUAAGAAAUAAACCUCUACAUUGUAUAGAA